AUGAGGCUUCCCCUUGAGCUGCUGCUGUCGCUGCUGCUUCUCGGCCUCUGUAACGCCCAUCAUGGCAAAGCAAGCUUUCUGGAUUCGGUGUCAGAGGAUCUCGGUUCUGGAGAGGAGGCCUCAGAGGAUACAGAGGACAUAACCACCACCAUCCUCAGAUUGAACAACGGAUCUAGAGACCUUCUGUUUGAAGGAGACUUGAUGAUUCCAACAACAAGAUCUGCAAGGAAGUGUCUGAAUAGACCAGACAAUUGUCUGUGGCCUAAGAACCGGAACGGAGAUGUGGAGGUCCCUUACAAACUGAGUGAAAAAUAUGCUCGAGAUGACAAGUCUCAGAUUGAACGCGCCAUGAGAGACUUGGAAUCAGAAACAUGCAUUCGGUUCGUUCCGUACAGACGGCAAAGAGGAUACCUGAACAUUGAACCAAGAUUUGGCUGUUCAUCUACGGUUGGUUACGUGGGAGACAGGCAGAAAUUGUCGCUGCAGAAGGGUUGUUUGGUUUUUGGCAUCAUCCAGCAUGAGCUGAUGCAUGCGCUGGGCUUCUUCCACGAACAAAGUCGGAGCGACCGCGACCGCCACAUCAGAAUCAACUUUGAGAACAUAUUGAGUUAUUAUAAAAACAACUUCGAAAAACAUGACACAAACAAUCUCGGCGUUCCAUAUGACUACUCGUCUGUGCUGCACUAUGGAAAGACGGCCUUUGCAAAACCUGGAAUGGAAUCGAUGACUCCAAUUCCAAACCCCAAUGUUGAAAUUGGCCAGAGGAGGAGGGCUUCGCCUGCUGACUUUCUCAAGAUCAACAGACUCUACAAGUGCAGGAUGCACUUAGGAUGA